UUCGCCCAGCGCGGCCCCCGCAGCGCCUCCGAAGAGCCUGCGGGCAAGGCUCGGAGGCUUUGCACAUGCCGUUCCGGCCGCAAGCUCGCCCGGGGGCCCCCCACCCCCGGGGGCCCCCCACCCCCGCCGGCCCACGCGUCGGUGCCCCGGGCGCAGCCCCCCCCCCCCCAGCCAAGGGGCGCCGACGCGGCGGUGGGGGCGGGCGGCCGGCCGGGGCGACAGCUGGGUGGGCGGCUCUGACCUUCCGGUUCGAUCGAUGUCCCGCUCCCGGGCGCUAUAAAGGGGCCGCGCGGGGCUCAGGCGGCGGCAGCGGCGCUCGGCUCCCCCGGCGCGCCCACCAUGGCCAUCCCGCCCCUGCUGCUGCUGCUGCCGCUGCUGCUCCGGGGGUCGGCCGCGCCCCCCGCGCCGCCCAGGGCCCCGCGGCACUCGGAUGGGACGUUCACCAGCGAGCUCAGCCGCCUGCGGGACAGCGCGCGGCUGCAGCGGCUGCUCCAGGGCCUGGUGGGGAAGCGCAGCGAGCAGGACACAGAGAACAGCACGAGCCGGACCACGCCGGCGGAGGGCCGCCUCUGCCUGCACUGGCCGGGCACGUCCACCCUGCAGGCCUGGAUGCCCCUGAGGGAGCCCCUGGAUCAGGCCUGGUCUCCCCAGCUGCCUCCUGGAUCCCGGUCUGGGGCCACGUUUUCAGGGCCAGCUGUCCCUGCAGCGGAGGUGACACAGAAGACGUCCUGAGGAAGAAGGGACCUCCCCACCACCCCAAGGGGAGCGGAGUGGAGCCUGGGCAGGGGAGGGGGUGGGGAGGAGGAGGAGGGGUUGCACUUGUCACCAAUAAAGGAGGAAUUCAGACACCG